AGUGCAGACUGCAGAGAACUGAAAAGAACCAGGGGGGUCAUUUCUAAUUCUAUAAACACUAGUUUGUCUGCAAAAGGGUUUAUCAGUAGUCUCCUUAUUUCCUGCAAGGAUUUGAAUUAAAAUCUCCGAGAGUUGGAAAUUUGAUUAGCUUGUUGCAAUGUCAUUACAGUGUACUGGAUUAAGUUUGGUGUCAUUCUCACCAUCCAAUUAUGCUAAGAAUACUGUGCUAAAAGCUCCUUUUUCAUUUCAAAAGCUUUCUGUUACUAACAUUCAUUUGACGAGGUCACCUAUUCAGGAUGGAAGAUUGAGAACGAGUUUGAGAGCUUCUAAUGUUGAAGUCUUGGAUGUAAAUGAUGAUGAAAAUAAAAGAGUAAAAAAUUCAAAUGAGAAUGAUCUAAUUGAUGAUAAUGAUGAUGAUGAUAGUGAUUUUGAAAUGGAUGAGGAUGAGAGGAAAGAUUUCAGGAAGAAGAUUAGACAAAUGAUUGAAAUGAACCCUGAAAUUGAAGCAGAAGUUGAUCCUGAAGAAAAGAGGAAAAAGAUGCAAAAGCUUUUGGCUGAUUACCCACUUGUUGUAGAUGAAGAUGAUCCUGAUUGGCCCGAAGAUGCUGAUGGAUGGGGUUUCAAUUUUAGUCAGUUUUUUGAUAAAAUGAGUGUCAAGAAUGUUAAAAAAGAUAAUGAUGAUGAUGAUGAUGAUGGUUACAAUAGUGAUAAGGAAGUUAAUUGGCAAGAUAUUCGGGCCAUAAAAGACAUUACUUCUGCAGAAUGGGAGGAAACUGUAUUUUCGGACCUUAGCCCCCUGGUUGUUCUUGUGCAUAAUCGUUACAGAAGGCCAAAGGAAAAUGAAAUGGUUCGUGAUCAUUUGGAGAAAGCCAUACAGCUUAUAUGGGAUUGCAGGAUACCAUCACCAAGAUGUGUUGCAAUAGAUGCUGUUGUCGAGUGUGACCUAGUGUCAACACUGGGAGUUUCCGUGUUUCCUGAGCUCAUAUUUACAAAAACCGGGAAAAUCUUACAUCGUGAAAAAGAAAUAAGAACAGCAGAUGAAUUGUCAAAGAUUAUGGCCUUCUUUUAUUAUGGAGGCGCAAAGCCACCUUGCCUUAAGACCUCUGUGACCAUGAAUGAUGCAAUCCCUGGUUACACCACGAAGAAGUAGACGUACAAGUUCAUGAUGAAUUAGUACAACCUAAAUCAGCAAUCAUGCAACCAUGACUUCUACUUUCAGAUAGAAAAAGUUGUGUAAUUAUGUAUCAGGAAAUUUUUGAAAAUGUAUUUACUCAGCGUAUAUGUAUGUAUCAUAUUUGGUUAGCUAGUCAGUUGCUGAAAUUAACUCAAUCAAACACAUGUUUUUAAGAUAAGAUUAAAUAUAGGCAAACCAAAAUGAUACAUGACA